AUGGGUUUGAGGGAGGAUAAGAAUCAGGGGCAAGGGGAAGGGAACGAACGAGGAGGAGGAGAAAGAGGAGGGAGGAAGGGAGGCCGGUUGGGGGGAAACAGGGGAGGGGAAGGUGCGAGGGAGAGGGAGGACGACGGGGUGGUUCUGGGUGAUGGUUUGGUGGACGUGGUUGUUGAUGGUGGUCGGAGGAGUAGAGUGGUGCUGGUGGUGGCUGACAGCGACGGCUCAAGGGGGAGGAAAAGGGUGCGCGAACAGGGAAAGGGGAAGAGGGAGCAGGGGAGAGGCAGGGGUUGCGUGGGAGGAGGAGAGCGGAGGACGGUGGUGCGUGUGUGGCGGUGGGCGGUGGUCAGGGUGAUGCGGGAGGUGGUUGCAGCGAAGUUAAGUGAUGGUGGAAGUGGUGGUUGA